AUGUUCUCCAAAACUGCCAUCCUCAGCCUCCUGGCCCCUCUCGCGCUCCCAUGCCUUGUCAUGGUGCAUGCUCAAGGUCUCUUCGAACUCCCACCCGACGUCGUCUACCAAAUCACCUAUAGACCUGAACCUUCUCCUUUUAUUAGUGUGCCGCCUUUGAAGGCACGCGAUGCAGGGAAUGAGGAGGAGGAAGGAUCAGAGGGCAUGGAGGGUGUGGAGGGUAAUCUGAACCUGAAUGUCGAUGUGCCCACCACUUUGGUUACGGCUGUUAGGCCUGGGAAUACCGAUGCUUUGGUGUGGGAAGGGGAGAGAAAUAAGGGGAGGUAG